CUCAUAUUUUGGCAGUCUGCUUGAUUAUAUAUAUGUCCAUGGCCAGGCAGGUUAUAAGGUAGUUAAUCAUCAGACUAUUCACCAAUAUACUUACCUUUUCUACAAUCCCUUACCUGCCCGCACACAGUCGACACCAACCACCAUGAAGUUCCUAUCGUACACCUCCUUGUGCGCCCUUCUCGCCACCACGGCUGUCGCUCAACUCACCGAUGGCAAGGGAGAGAUCCACGUCGUCAAGAGCACCAGCCUAAAGGAUGCCUUGCCUGCAAACUCUAUUGGAUGUCUAGACGCGAAGGGCGGCUUUACCGAGACGGACUGCGCAACUUUCACAAUCAGCGACAACGGUCCCAACACGCUGUUCCUUUCUAGCGACGCUGGUAACUGCACAUUCUCGGACACCACACAACCUGCGAACACGGACAGCAGGUACGGCUCCAAGGCACAUGCCUUCGUCUGCCGGGAGGACUACAAAGUGGCAAACGUAGAUGCCUUUUACGGCAUUGAUGGACUCGACAACUUCCUAUGCCGUGGAAAUAUAGACUGCUUCUACGAUACCAAGAUCGUCGAUGGCGCCGCAUCACCUGUGUGGGAGUUCUUUUGGGGCUCUUAUCAGUAUGGGGUUCCCGCUGGCCACACUCAGGUCAUGUGGUACUGGAACAAGGUCUAAUCCGAGGCUAUGAGGAUGUUACCUUGCAUUAACGAGUAGCGAAAAGUUUGGAGUUAGGAUCAUAUGGAUGACCUAACCUGGGGUAUCUCGUGAUAUCUUAAGUUGAUCUCUGGUUUGGCACUGGUGCUUUCUGCUGGUAGGGUGGAGUCUGUGAAGACUUUUGUUUAAGCUUGUGCUCUUUCGUUUAAUCUAGCAACCUUGAUAAAUCGACUAUGUUCAGGCGCACCUUAGCCCAAUAGU